UUCCUGCGUCGUGUACGCGUGCACCCUUCACUUUCUUCUCCAACUCCAACAUUUGUUUCCAUAUGUUUUGUCACGGCGAAUGUCCCUCUGAACGACGCGGUCUGAUAACCAGCCCCGGCCCCUCGCAUCCUCCCCCCAGUAGCCGACGGGCUCCGGACUGACUGACAGCAGCUAGCAUGCGUGUGUUAGCAGCGCUGAGGUUCACUUCACCGGCUGCGUGCUGCGAACACCCGGUAACCCGCUGUGCGCGGAGCACACGGACGUGUUCGUGUCGCUGACGUACAGUAACCAUACUUCCCUCCCUGUGGUUCCCCCCCCGUACGUGCGGCUUGAAACGGCACCGUUAGACGUCCAGCGGCCACAUGUAACCUAGCUGCUAGCUAACGCUAAUAGCUAUUGUUGACUUGCAGGGAAUCUCCUCGACAGCUAUGUUUCCACGCGUUAAAAAUCACUUUUGUCCAAGUGGAAGGAUGAAAAGGGAGCAAACGCUUAUAACCGCUGUGGAGGAGUUCCUGGGUGAGGUGCGAAUCUUGGAGCAGCCUCACAACGCUGCGCUUGUGUCCCAACCCACAGCUGUAAAGUUUCUUAUGGCCCGCAAGUUUGACGUCUACAGAGCCAUUAACCUCUUCCAAGCAUACAAGAACACAAGAAUUAAAGAGGGCAUCAUCAAUAUCAACCCUGACGAGGAGCCCCUACGCUCCGAGCUGCUUUGUGGGAAAUUUACAGUCCUGCCUGGCCGCGAUGCGAAUGGUGCCGCUCUAGCGCUCUUCACAGCUCGUCUGCAUCGGUCAAACGUCACCACCCACAAAGCUGUGCUGCAGGCCAUUAUCUAUCAGCUGGACAAAGCCAUCGAGAGCGAACAAACUCAAAGAGAUGGACUCAUAUUCAUCUACGACAUGACCAACUCCAGCUAUGGCAACUUUGAUUACGAGCUCUGCGUCAAGAUCCUCAAUUUGCUAAAGGGGGCGUUCCCAGCUCGUCUUAAAUGUGUCUUCAUUGUGUCAUCACCUCUAUGGUUUCGAGCCCCUUUCACCAUCCUCCGCCUGUUUGUGCGCGAGAAGCUGAGAGAGAGGGUGUGCACGGUGAAAGCUCACGAGCUGGCCAGUCACAUUCCAGUCUCCUCCCUCCCCGAGCACUUGAACGGGACGUCCCAGUACAGCCACAUGGCUUGGAUUCAGUCCUGCGUCAACACGCACACGAACAGUGCUCCGGGCGACGCGCAAGAGCAUGAUGCGCACGACUGCGUCGGGAGGCUGCUGCGCUCCUACAACUUGGACUGCAGCAACGCAAGUACGAGCGCCAAGCCGCCGCACGGCCACAUCAGCUCGCAGUUCGCUUCCGAGUUAGCCGUGGCUAACUCGAAUCGCCACGACGACAGCAAUGCCAACACGCGCAACCACUGCACUGUGUCUGAGGCCAGGACUCGAGGCCUGUGUCAGCACCAGCAUGGGAACCACCAACACUGGAAUGGCUCAGCGGGGAGCGGGGCCGGCAUGGCCGGCGACGGCUCGAGCCCCUACGCCAACAUAAACGGCCGUGGCCGCCAAGCUCCUCCACAGUCGGACACGCCCCCCGACACGCCGCUCUCCCAGGUGGGCGAGGGAGACGCGGUGGACGGGAAGGUAACGGAUUCCGCCCGUGGGUCUCAGAAUGUUGACGUGAGGGAGGAGGACGACAGCAACGACGAGGAGGAGGAGGAGGGGGAGGAAGAAGAGGAAGAGGAGGAAGAAGAAGAAGAGGAAGAAGAGGAGGAGGGCGGCCAGGAAGAGGAAGGGGUGCCUCCUUUGCCCCAGAAGUCAUUGCCUCGACCGCCACACCAGCCGCCCUCCCAGUCCCUGUCUUCGUCGUGGGGCGCAGAUGACGAGGACGGCUGCGUAGAGGCGUCUCUUCACGUUCCUGAGCAGGGGGGCAUGACGGUGCACGAUCUAGUGGAGCACGUGAAGAGGAAGAAGAAGAAGGGAAUUUAUCAGGAGUACGAGGAGAUCCGGAAGGAGCCACCGUCCGGCACCUUUGACUACUCCAAAAAACUGUCCAAUCAGAUAAAGAACCGGUACAGCGAUGUGCUCUGCCUGGACCAGUCCCGGGUGCGACUCUGCCAGCUCUGCGAUGACGAGGAUGAGACAUCAGAUUACAUCAAUGCCAGUUUCAUGGACGGCUACAAGAGGAGCAACGACUACAUUGCAACUCAGGGUCCUUUGCCUAAAACGUUUGGAGACUUCUGGCGCAUGGUGUGGGAACAGAUGGUACUCAUCAUUGUCAUGACCACCAGGGUGGUGGAGCGCGGUCGGGUCAAGUGUGGCCAGUACUGGCCUCUGGAGGAGGGCCGGACCGAGCAGCAUGGGUACUUCCUGGUCAGGAACACGCACAUCCAGCUGUUUCAAGACUUCAAGCUCUCCCAACUCGAACUUUACAACACACAGUCUGGAGAGAGACGGGAGCUGUGCCACUACCUCUACGUCAGCUGGCCAGACUUCGGCGUCCCUAAAAGCGCCUCUGCCAUGUUGGACUUCCGCGAGCACGUACUUCAGAGGAGGGAAGCUGCAGUCCAGAACCUGGGCUCCAGUUGGACGGGGCCUCCAGGGGGCCCCCCUGUGGUUGUCCACUGCAGUGCCGGAAUCGGCCGUACAGGCACGUUCUGCACACUGGACAUCUGCCUGUCCCGGCUGGAGGACAUCGCCACGGUGGACAUCUGCCAGACGGUGCGGCGCAUGCGCACGCAGAGGGCCUUCAGCAUCCAGACUUGGGAUCAGUACUACUUCUGCUACACGGCGGUCAUCGAGUAUUCCCAACGCCACGGGAAGCUGAGCCCAGUGCAGUGGUCCGACUCUGACCUGGAGACUGACAGCGAGUGAGGGAGAGAGAUGGGGUGGGCCGACCUAAGCCGAAGUCACAGGGAGGAAAAGAGCGAGGAAGCACGUUCCCGAUGACUCUCCUGCCAUAAAAGAGUGUUUUGGCUCUUUGUUGUGACGAUACAGACUCCCACAGUUGCUCCUUCUUCACGUGAACAGACCGACGGAAGAGGUGAAGAGCCGGAGGGGGAAACAAAACAAUUCAAACAUACAGGGAGUAGAGACUGCGCAUUGCGUGGAUGUCCAGCAAGCUGUCCUACCAAUUUCUGAGCCCCAUUUUAUUUAGCAAACUACAGGGGGGCGGGGGGGAGGCGGGACUUGGCCCUGAACCGGUCUUGUUGACAAGUCAUACGAGUUGUAGCAUUUUUCUAUUGAUUUGCACAUGAGGAAUGACAAACUUGAACUUAACCCCUUGAAGCCCUCCAAGCCCUUUUUAUUUUGUCCUUCCUCGUUCCUUCGUGUGAUUUGAAGGUUUAAACUUGAAAAACUUUUUCUCUUCGUUUUUAAAAAGGAAAUGAUUGUUUGUGAGCAAAUGGUCAUAAGUGACCGUCGAUCAGCGUGAGCCAUUUAGUCCAUUUCUGUUCGUUUUCCUCCCCUUUUUCUUUUCACGUCUUUUUUUUCUUUUUUCUACGGUGCAUUUUCUACGUGUGUUUUAUAUCUGCAUAUGUAGACUAACUUUUCGAAGCCAAAGUCCUCACCCUGAAUGCUUGGAUGUACUCCUUACUGAGAUAUUAUAGACUGAAGCUAAUGUAUAUUCUUGAAACAUACAUUAUUGUGGGUGACUGUGGCUCAGCGGUGAGCAGGGUCGUCCCUCAAGCCGAUAAUCGGUGGUUCGAUCCCCGGCUCCCCGAGCCCAUGUCCAUGUGUCCUUGGGCAAGACACUUAACCCCAACAUUGCUCCCGUAGCUGUGCCUACGGUGUGUGAGUGUGUGUGACGGUUAGUUACUCCUGAUGGGCAGGCGGAACCUUGCAUGGUGGCUCCUCCCAUCUGUGUGUGAAUGGGUGAAUGAUGUCAUGUAGUGUUAAAGCGCUUUGAGUGGUCUGAAAACUAGAAAAGCGCUGUACAAGUACAGGUGCAUUUACCAUUAUUGUGCAUAAUAACAACCUCUGAGAGAAGAGCAAGAAAAAGAAGCCUUGUUUAAUAUAAUUUACUUAACCGUGAGAAUAAAUAUCUAUGUAGCGAGCCAGGCUGUGACACAAUACAGAUGGGAGUUCUGGUAUUAAAACUGAUAUUGUAUUGCAAUUCGGUGUGAUAUGUCAGGUUUAACAUCAUCUUUACUGUUGGAGCGUUCUGAUUGGACGAUCCCAAGUAAUUUGGCCUUAACUAGAUUCACUGCCUCGUCGUUCUCAGACCUAAACCAUACCUGAAACUGUAAACUUGUAUUCCCCGUUACCCUUUUUUCGAAUCAUACUCCCUAGAUACCGCAACCGUUUGAUUCCCGAGGCCUAGAUGCCUCCGAUACUUGUGCCUUCGAGUCCUCCUCAGCUUAACGUCUCGCCGGUAUAGUACUAACACCCAAACGAGUGCACUUGAGCAGCACACACGUUGACUGUGUGUCGCGCAGGACACCCACACUUUGCCUAAAGUCCUGCACGUAGCGCACUGCUUACAAAUACCAUGGAAGCAGGAAGUGGGUUGGAUCUGGUUCGAGACUCGGCUCGUGUUUUAUCAUUUGACCUCAGGGGGUAAUUCUAGUGUUGUUGUUUUUUGCCUCGUGUCCAAGGUCCGUUUCUGGGUUUGACUGGUGCAUUAUCAUUUAAGUAAAAAAGAAGAAAGAAGAAAAAAAACUAUUGACUUUAUUUUUUAUUUUUUACUGUGUUGUUUCCUACUAUAGUUAUGUCUUUGUAAAGCUUCUACAACAAUAUUGAAACCGGUGUAUAAUGGUACGACGCAAUGAAGAGAAACAGUCAUAGCAUUUGAUAAGCUGAAAAAAUCAGAUGGGAGAAGGAGUGAAAUAUAUAUAUAUUUUGUUUUUCACAAUGAGAUUUUUUGUGGAAAUGUCACUUGCCAUUGUAUUUUUAGAACUUACUUGUAUAAAUGGUGAUUGUUCAAUUCCAGGACAAUAAGGGGCGGGAAGGUUGGGGUGAGGGGAGGAAUGUUAACUCUGGGAAGUUGGCGUUUUUAAGACAGUGUAUUGUUAAAGAAAGUAAUAAUUACAUUAACUUUGUCUUCUUGUACUGUGGUACCCAAUGCCAAGGACAAAGCUAAAGAAAGCUAUCAAGAGUCAAAAAAGAAAGGAAAAAAAAGACAAGGUGACUGCCAUUUCUGUUCACAAAACCCCAGCUCUGUGUCUAUUAGUUAAAAAAAGAAUAUAUAUAUAUAUACAUGUGUAUGUGUAUAUAUAAAUAUAUAUAUAUAUGUGUGUGUAUAUAUGUAUAUAUACGUGGAUAUAUAUAUAUGUAUAUUAAUAUAUAUAUUAUAAAUAUAUAUUAAUAUAUACAGGACUGUCUCAGAAAAUUAGAAUAUUGUGAUGAAGUUCUUUAUUUUCUGUAAUGCAAUUAAAAAAACAAAAAUGUCAUGCAUUCUGGAUUCAUUACAAAUCAACUGAAAUAUUGCAAGCCUUUUAUUCUGAUUUAUUGCUGAUUAUGGCUUACAGCUUAAGAAAACUCAAAUAUCCUAUCUCUAAAUAUUAGAAUAUCAUGAAAAAGUAUACUAGUAGGGUAUUAAACAAAUCACUUGAAUUGUCUAAUUAACUCGAAACACCUGCAAGGGUUUCCUGAGC